AUGGUGCUCUCGCAAGGUUCUGUCGAGAACGUUGAUGUUUGGGCGAGUGCACGACGAGCCUCACUGAGCGAGGGCUGCUUCAAAGGUGACCGCCAGCGGAGGCUCCCUGUUGCCGCCUGGCGCGCCCUCACCACCGACCUCACCCAGCCGCUGAAGCUCGCUGGCCGUCACCUGCUGGCCCCCCCAAGAUGCGACGAGCCCGCCUACACCGCCUGGGCGAACCGGAAGCACAUGCCAACACUACUUAGAGGAAUAUUUGGCAACGCCUUCCAACAUUCAGAGCUGCCUAUAGUCGGGUGGUGUAGCGGUUAA